AUGGAGCCCCUGAUUAUAAAACGGAACCCCCCAAUUUUCUAUGCCCCCACUGUGUACGGCGGGGCAGGUGGCCGUGGGACCCAGAUCUCUACUUCCACCUCUGGCUCACAGGUUGGCAGCAGGUACAGCAGUGGGUAUGACUACCAGUCCUCAGGGUUCAAUUACGGAACCCUGGCCAUCGAGAAUGAGAAGUUUGCCCUGCAGCAGCUGAACGACCGCCUGGCCAGCUACAUGGAGACCGUGAGGAGUCUGGAGAAGGCCAACAGCAAACUGGAGUUCAAAAUCAGAGAGGCCAUCAAGAAAAGAGCCCCACUGGAGAGGAGGGACUACAGCAAAUACAAUGCUAUCAUUGCAGAUCUGAGAGCGAAGAUUCUUGAUAGGCUUAAGGGUAACAUGCAAGUUGCUAUCUCCCUUGACAACGCUCGCUUGGCCUCAGAUGACUUCAGGAUCAAGAUGGAGUACGAGAUAUCCAUGCGUAAGACAGUGGAGGCUGAUGUUGCAAGACUUCGAAAGCAUCUGGAUGACACCAACGUGAUCCGUCUGUACUUGGAGAGCGACAUUGAAUCGCUGAAAGAAGAGUUAAUCACCCUUAAAAGGAACCAAAAGAUUGAAGUUGCUGAAUGGCGUGCCAAGAUCACUCACGUUGGAGUCCAUGUGGACGUUGAUGCGCCCAAAGGCCAGGACUUAGCUUGGAUCAUGGAGGAGAUGAGAGCUAAGUACGAGAAGCUCAUACUGAAGAAUGUGGAGGAGGUCAAAGCAUGGCACGGGUCCCAGAUCACAGAGGUGCAGGUUCAAGUAACUGAGCAGAACACAGUCCUGAAAGAAGCCACAAAGGUACUGACAGAAACUAAGAGGAAGUAUCAGACAUUGGAGAUUGAACGGCAGUCAGCACUGAGCCUGUUACAGGCCCUGAAGACCACACUUCGGGAGAUCGAAAUGGGCUACAACAUGGAGAUGAAAAAUUACAAUGUGAUCAUUCUGAGGCUGCAGGAGGAGCUCACUCAGAUCCGUACUGAGAUCCAGCAAAACAGAAGAGAUUAUGAACACCUCCUCAACAUCAAGAUCAAACUAGAGGCUGAGAUUGCGGAGUACAGGCGGCUGCUUGAGGGAGAGAAAGACUUGAAACUUGAGGAUGCCCUCAAUAAGAAGAUGGUCGAGACCAAGGUGGUGACGGUCACUCAAACGCUGGUGGAUGGCAAAGUGGUGUCUGAGAGUAAGGACAUCAAAACCGGUUUGGUGGUGGACCCCUAA